CUCUCUCUCCCCUCUCUCUCUCUCUCGAGCAAGAUCCCAAGAUGGAGCACCUUAACCAUCCUCGCCCUCAGGCCUCGCCCAACGCCUUCCGGCAGAGCCCGCACCUGCCCAAGCCCGGCGCGGCGGUGGGCCGAGCCGGCCCCUGGGGUCCCAAGCCCCCGGCGGACCUGCCCUCCGAAGCCGAGGGCGACGACCACUUCGACAGCGGGAUCGGCUCGCUGGGCGAGCUGGACGAGCUGACCCGGGCCGGGCUGGGGGUCGGGCUGGGCACGGACCCCGACGUCUGCCCGUCCAACCCCGAGCGGGUGGAGAGCGCCAUCGGCCAGAUCACCGAGGGCCUCGGGAAGGUCGGCAUCAACGGGGCCGAGCGGGAGCUGCUGACGUACCAAACCGAGGAUCUCGACUCCGCUCUGCACCUCGCCAUCAUCCACCAAGAGGAGCAGUUCCUGGACUAUGUGCUUCGCUACACGAGCAGCUGCUUCCUGGAUCUGCAGAACGACAUGAAGCAGACGGCGCUGCACCUGGCGGUGAUUGUCGGCCAGCCGGACUUCGUGAAGAAGUUGAUGAUGGCCGGGGCGAGCUUGCUGGUGCAGGAGAAGGACGGGAACACAGCCUUGCACCUGGCUUGCAAGGAGCGGGCCCUCGACUGCGCCGAGGCGCUCCUCCCCCCGCACACCCCCAGCCAACUGCGGGCUCACUCUCUGCUCAACCGCUCCCAGCUCGAGGAGCAGCUCCGAUGCUACAACUACAACGGGUUCACGCCUCUCCACGUCGCGGUGCUGCAGAAUGACAUCAGCAUCGUCAAGCACCUCUUGGGGUUUGAAGUUGAUGUGAACUUAAAGGAGAAAGGCGGGGGCAGGACGGCACUGCACCUGGCGGUGGAGGAGCAGAACCUGCAGGUCGUGAAGUUGCUGUUGGAAAGCCGGGCGGACAUACACGCCCAGAUGUACAACGGCUGCACCCCCAUCUGCCUGGCCGUGUACCGACCCGACCCCCGCAUCACUCAGAUGCUCAAGGACUUCGGCUCCGCCGAGCCGGUGACCGACGAGGACUCGGACGAAGAUGAAGGGAUUGAUGAAGACGGAAUGGGAGAAUACGACGACUUUAUGAUGCACGGAUAUUAAACGGAACACUCGAGAGAGAGAGAGACUGCGAGAGAGGCGGCGACUGUACGACCUCUACAAACUCUUCAACCCAUAGUAUUAAACCAAAUCAGCGUAACC